AUGGCUGCGGACAGCGAGCCCGAGUCGGAGGUGUUCGAGAUCACCGACUUCACCACCGCCUCCGAGUGGGAGAGAUUUAUUUCAAAAAUAGAAGAAGUGUUGAAUGACUGGAAACUAAUUGGGAUUUCUUCAGGCAAACCUCUGGAAAAGGGUAUAUUUACCACAGGAACAUGGGAAGAGAAAUCAGAUGAAAUCUCCUUUGCAGACUUCAAAUUCUCAGUUACCCAUCACUACCUUGUACAGGAACCCAGUGACAAAGAUGGGAAAGAAGAGCUGGUAGAAGAUGACCUUCCUCUGCCCAUGCAGGACUUGCUGUGCAUGAACAAUGACUUUCCCCCUCGAGCUCACUGUCUGGUGAGAUGGUAUGGUUUACGUGAGUUUGUGGUGAUUGCUCCUGCUGCUAAUAACGAUGCAGUUCUGAGUGAAUCCAAGUGUAACCUUCUGCUCAGUUCCAUUUCCAUUGCACUGGGCAACACUGGCUGUCAGGUGCCCCUGUUUGUGCAGAUACACCAGAAGUGGCGUCGGAUGUACGUGGGGGAGUGCCAGGGCCCAGGAGUGCGGACAGACUUCGAGAUGGUUCAUCUCCGCAAGGUGCCCAGUCAGUACACACACUUGUCAGGGCUCCUGGAUGUCUUCAAAACCAAGAUUGGAUGCCCUCUAACACCACUGCCUCCGGUUAGCAUGGCUAUUCGACUUACCUAUGUGCUCCAGGACUGGCAGCAGUACUUCUGGCCACAGCAGCCACCAGAUAUAGAUGCUCUAGUUGGGGGAGAAGUUGGAGGCCUUGAAUUUGGGAAGUUACCGUUUGGUGCCUGCGAAGAUCCUAUCAGUGAGCUGCACUUAGCUACCACAUGGCCUCACCUAGCAGAAGGUAUCGUUGUCGACAACGAUGUUUAUUCUGACCUGGAUCCUAUCCAAGCACCUCAGUGGUCUGUGAGAGUCAGAAAAGCAGAUAACCCUCAGUGUCUAUUGGGUGACUUCCUGACUGAAUUCUUCAAGCUCUGCCGUCGGAAGGAGUCAACUGAUGAGAUCCUUGGGAGGUCUGCGUUUGAGGAGGAGGGCAAAGAGGUUGCUGAUAUUAGCCAUGCACUGUCUAAGCUCACAGAGCCAGCACCAGUCCCAAUCCAUAAACUGUCAGUCACAAACAUGGUUCAUAGUGCAAAGAAAAAAAUCCGCAAGCACAGAGGGGUAGAUGAAGCUCCUUUGAACAAUGAUGUUCUCAACACUGUUCUUCUGUUCUUAUUUCCUGAUGCUGCUGACAAACUAGUAGAUGGAUUUGAGAGCAAAGCUAGCACUUUUUUUUCAGGAAACAAUCCUCCUCCAGAGAAUGAAGAUUAUAACCUCUUCAGUCAGUUUAAAUCUGCUCCUUCUGACAGUCUGACAUACAAAUUAGCCUUAUGUCUUUGUAUGAUAAACUUCUACCACGGAGGAGUGAAAGGAGUGGCACACCUUUGGCAAGAGUUUGUGUUAGAAAUGCGCUUCAGGUGGGAGAACAACUACCUGAUUCCAGGAUUAGCUAAUGGCUCUCCAGAUCUGAGAUGUUGUUUACUACAUCAGAAACUUCAGAUGUUAAAUUGUUGCAUUGAAAGAAAGAAAGCAAGAGAUGAGGGGAAGAGAGGGAGUGUGUCUGAUCGUUCACCCGGUGAUGCAAGAGGAGCAGAGCACUCCGGAGAUAACCCUGAUAAGGAAAAGGAAUUUGGCAAGUCUUGGGAAUCGUGGAGUGACAGCGAAGAGGAAUUUUUUGAAUGCUUAAGUGACACAGAAGAUCUCAAAGGAAACGGACAGGAAAAUGGAAAGAAAGGAGGCAACAAAGAACCUGUAAACUUAAAACCAGAAGGUCGUCUGCAUCCACAUGGGAAGCUGAUGCUCCUGCAUCCAGGAGAGCCUCUCUACGUCCCAAUAACACAGGAGCCAGCACCCAUGACUGAAGAUCUGCUGGAGGAGCAGUCUGAGGUACUGGCUAAACUGGGCACGUCAGCAGAAGGAGCUCACCUUCGGGCACGCAUGCAGAGUGCCUGUCUGCUCUCAGACAUGGAGUCCUUCAAGGCAGCUAAUCCUGGCUGUUGCCUGGAGGACUUUGUGAGGUGGUACUCCCCUCGGGAUUACAUCGAAGAGGAAGUGGUUGAUGAAAAGGGGAACAAAGUCAUUAAGGGUGAGCUGAGUGCCCGGAUGAAGAUUCCCAGCAACAUGUGGGUCGAGGCCUGGGAGACAGCAAAACCAGUCCCUGCCCGGAGGCAGAAGAGGCUCUUUGAUGACACCAGAGAGGCAGAGAAGGUGCUUCACUACCUUGCAGUCCAAAAACCAGCAGACCUGGCAAGGCAUCUGCUGCCUUGUGUCAUCCAUGCAGCUGUACUCAAGGUAAAGGAUGAAGAAGCACUAGAAGAUAUAUCUUCAGUUAAGAAGAUUAUUAAGCAGAUAAUAUCCCACUCCAGCAAAGUACUGCGUUUCCCCAGUCCAGAGGACAAGAAGUUGGAAGAGAUCAUUGCUCAAAUUAUGAGCGUGGAGGCCAUCAUUGCCAGGGCAAGGUCUCUGAAAGCAAAGUUUGGGGUAGAGAAAUGUGAAAAUGAGGAGGAGAAAGAAGACCUACAAAGAUUUGUAAACUGUCUGCUGGACCAGCCAGAAGUGUCAGUCCUUGGUGCAGGAAGAGGACCUGCUGGCAGCAUUAUUCACAAGCUGUUUGUGAGUGCUCAGAGGCUGACUGAAUCUUCUGAUGAGGUGUCGCCCGCGCCGCCCGCGGAGGAGGAGCCGAGACGCUCGGGGUCGCAGGAGGAGCGCAGACAGGGGAUGGUUUCGGACUUCCCCCCGCCCACGGGCCGCGAGGUGAUCCUGCGCACGGCCGUGCCCCGGCCCGCGCCCUACUCCAGGGCGCUGCCGCAGCGCAUGUACAGCGUGCUGACCAGGGAGGAUUUCCGCCUCGCGGGAGCCUUCUCGGCGGACACCACCUUCUUCUGA